UUGGCUUUGUAUCCAAACAUUUACCCUUCUAUAUACAUACCUAUAUGUUUUUGUUUCAUUUAAAUUUGUUUCUUUCUUUACUUUGGCUAUGCAAGGAUUGACAGUUUUUUUUUAUAAGUAAACCUUUUAGGUUACUGAUUUGGCCCUUAGAAGCUAGGAUUUUCUUUGUCGGUGAUGUAAUUACUACUAUGAUUUUUUGUGUUAGUUCUGGAAUUUUAGUUGGUUUUGUUCUGAUCUUUUUUUGGGGGUUAUGCUCUGCUUGUUUGCUGCCAAGAGCGUUGAAGAAAGUGAAGGGAACUAAUAUAUUUUUUAUUUUUAGUAGAGGAUUUGUUUUGUCUGCUAAAACCUUGCUAUGAAUUUUGACAUGGGGUUGUAUUCUCUUUGGUGUUUAUGAUUCAUUAUAGAUUGAUAUCGCACUUCAUCUUGAAUAUUUAUCUGCUAAAUAAUAAUAACAUUUAUUAUUUGCAUUUAUUUGUGUAUUAUGUGAUCAGUAUCGACAGUGAGAGGAAAUUCUUAUUUUUACACUUGGAGGAGAGCAACAUGCCGUGGACUUCUUCUUUUGUGAACUAUAGCAGGAACUGUGUUCGCUUGGUGGUCUUCUUUCGUGUCAUACUGUAAAUUUGUUUGUUUUUGUGCAGGCAAUUGUUUUGUAAGUUCUGAAGAAACUCUUGUAUUUAGGGUGGUUUGAAUUCGAAAGUGGUGUUUAGGAGUGAGAAUGUACAUUGCGGUAACCAUAAAGAGAUAUCGAGCUGUGAAGGGAGUAGGGGAGAUUAAAAUGAGCGUUGGGAUUACUGCAUAUUAUCAAGUGAUGCAAAUUUGUCAGGCUGAGUAUUUCCGCCAGUUACUUAAGCCUGUUACGUAGUCUAGUCUUACAAAGCUCCAGUCGUUGGGAUUUGGGACGGCUUUUGUUGGUUAUACAUUAGACAGGGAUAAAGAAUUUGAUUCUGGUGGUUCAUUUUGGAUAGGCAGCUCUUUUAUGCCAGGAUGGCAGUAACUUGAUUUGCUAUAUAGUCUUUUCAUCAGCUUAGAUCUUCAUCACUUGAAUACUGAAUAAUUGCCAAUAGGAGACCCAAAAUCCAUUACUAUUGCAAAAUUGUUGAUUGAAGAAAAACAUCUGAUGCAUAGUGAUCGGUACUUCCGCUCGAAAGAGGCAAUGCCCCCACUUACAAAUCAAGUUGACAAUAAUAACAUGCAUUUUCCAGUCGCAACUACUUUUUCUGCAGUUCAACCUCUAGCUGCAAAGCACUUGAUGCCUGUGCAUGGAAUUGAAUUUCAAUCUUCAGAGAUUCGUCCGAGGAAAUUCAUUAUUUUUGAUCAAGCUGAUCACCGAAGCCAGGUUAUGUACAAUCCUGCAGUUGCCCACAAUCAUGGUGGUCCUGGCUUUGAUAUCCAUCCAACCUACAUCCAAGAGAAUUUUGAAAGGACAGACACCUACAAUGUUGAAAGAGAAAUUUCAUCAUCUCUGAAGGAAGAUUCAGAUGAUAUUGAUGCAUUAAUGAGUUUGGAAGAGGAAGAUCCAGAAGAGUGUGAUGGGGAAGAGGUCAGCACUGCACGCACCUGCAGAAAUUAUGGAAGUAGCUCCCCCGAUUCUUGCUCCAGUUAUGGUGCAAAACCCAUGAAAAAUGGAUCUUCUGUCCAGAAGUGCUCUAGCAGUGGUAGCAGCUCUAACAGUGAGAGGAAACGGCAGAAAAUGAAGAAAAUGGUGAAGACAUUGAGAGGUAUUGUACCUGGUGGCGACCAAAUGAAUACUGUUACUGUUCUAGAUGAAGCUGUCAGGUACCUCAAAUCUCUCAAAGUCGAAGUGCAAAAGCUUGGGGUUGGCAAUUUCAAGAACUAAACUUGAACUUAAUCUCCGUGGUAAAUGUGCUUUAUUUUUAACAUAUCCGCAUCCUGUUCUCAAGUUGGUUAUCUCCUCUCUCGUGUUAAGUUGGAAUUUAGACGGAGGAGGGUAUUGGCAGCUCACGAGGUGUUCAACCUUCCCCAACUAUUUAGCAUAGGGGCGCUGCAUAGUGAUGGCAUGGUGGUUAGUCCCUCGAAUUCUUCUAUAAAACGUUUUACUGUGAUCUCUUCAAUAGAAGGAAGAGUGGGGGCGUUCGAAUAAACUUGCAGUAUCUGUACUUUUUCCUGCCUGUCAGUUAUUCUGUCCAGCAUGUUACAGCUAUUGUGGUUUUAUUUCGUGUUGUACUCUAAAUAUAACUAAAUGCUAUGCUCCUCCUUUAUGAGAGCUUCAUAUGGAUCUUUUUGUUUGAGCAUUUGCUUAUAGAUAUCGGUUUUAUUCGGUGC